AUGUAUCACGAACAAUCAGAAGCUUGUGGACGAGCAUCAUCGAUUGUCGUUACAGCUGAUUCAACUGAUGAAGUAUGUCAACUUUUACAAAAUUUUCUUGUGAUUUGGCUUGAUACCGAUUUUGAUGAAGCGAAACUUCGUUAUGAAAUUUCAAUGAAACAUUUACGUGCUGUAAUAACUACUGUAAGACCAUUUAAUGAUAUUGAUCAAUGUAUUGAUUUUCUCAGUGAUAUUAAAGAUGAGAAAGUAUUCAUGAUUAUAUCUGAUACGAUAGGAAAAUCUUUAUUACCAAUUAUCCAUACAUGGCAACAAUUAGAUUCUGUUUAUAUUUUUUGUGAUAAUCAAUCGGAACAUGAAGAAUGGGUUAAGAAUAUAACUAAAAUAAAAGGUAAAUAUACCGAAAUGGAGCCACUUUGUGAAGCACUGAAAACAGCUGGUAAAUAUUGUGACCGAAAUUCGGUAACAAUCAGUGUUUAUGGUGUUGAUCCAUUAUUUAUGUAUACACAGUUAUUCAAAGAAGCAUUUUUAGAAAUUGAGACGAACGAUGAGACAAACAUUGAAGAGUUAGUCGAUUAUUGUCGUCGGAAAACGGAUGUUACGCAAGAUAAUCUUGAUAUGUUAAAACGAAAAUAUCGUUGUUAUCGACCUAUAUGGUGGUAUACAUCACCAUAUUUUAUAUCUUCAAUGCUUAAUCGAGCUUUGCGAUUAAUGGAUAUUGAUCUGAUAUUGAAACUUGGUUUCUUUAUUCGACAGCUACAUCAAGAUAUUGAAGAUAUACAUCAUGAACAAAAAUAUGGGAAUAUGAUUACAGCCCCAUUUCAAGUAUUUCGAGGUCAAAGUUUAUCAAUAGGAGACUUUGAAAAACUGAAGCAAACUAAUGGAAAAUUGCUCUCGUUUAAUAAUUUUCUUUCAACAAGUAAAAAUCGUGAUUUUUGUCUCGAAGUCUUUGCACGAUCCGCAGCAAUAUAUAAUUUAGAUUCAGUUGGUAUUCUCUUCGUUAUGACCAUUGAUCCUAGGAUAUGUACAGAAUCAUCAAUUCCAUUUGUUGAUGUAAGAAAUGUCGGAUUCUUUGAAGGUGCAGAAGAAGAAAUUAUUUUCUCUACACAUACAUUUUUUCGUAUUGAUUCUAUACAACGAAUACAAGACAAUAGUACUGAUAGACUUUGGCAAAUUAAUCUUACUCUGAUCAGUCACGAUAAUUAUGAUCUUAAAGCACUUCUUAAAUACCAAAAAAAUCAACUCAAUCGUGAAACCGGAUGGUGCAAGUUGGCUCAUAUUCUCAUUAUGCUUCAGCAAAGUUCCAAAGCAGAAUAUUUAUGUAAAACUCUUCUUGAAAGUGCAAUCUACGAUGAAACUCGAGCUCAAUACUAUCGAUUACUUGGCGUGGUGUAUGAACAAAUGGGUCAUUACUCAGAGGCACUUAUUUAUUUUGAAAAGGAUUUAGAAAUCAGUCUAAAUAGUCCCUUAUUCAAUUAUACCGAUGUGUCUUCAGCAUAUAUGAAUAUGGGGAUAGCAUAUAACAAGCUUGGACAAUAUUCAAAGGCGAUUUCAUGUUUAGAGAAAGCCAUAAAUAUUAAUCAACAGUAUCUCCCUUCCGAUCAUCGUAACGUACCUACGACAUUCAUAAGCCUUGGCAGUGUGUAUGUAGAACUUGGCGAAUAUUUGAAAACUAAAACAUUGUUUGAACAAGCAAUUGCUAUCAAUGAAAAAAAUCUACCGUCUAAUCAUCCCAACAUAGCCAGAUCACACUUGAAUAUUGCUUCAGUAUACUGCAGUAUUGGUGAUUACGCAAAAUCAAUCUCAUCAUAUGAGAAAGCCAUUGCUAUUUAUGAAAAGAUUCUUCCUAAGAAUCAUCCAGAGCUAGCUGUUUCUUACAAGGCCAUCGGUGAUACAUACUCAACAGUUGGGCAAUUUUCUAAGGCGCUCUCUUGGUACGAACGAUCGCAUGAAAUUUUAAAACUCACACUUCCUUCAAAUCAUAUUAAUAUGGCUUGUUUUUAUGACACUCUCGGCCAUUUCUAUGAAGAAACGGGUGAAUAUACAAAAUCGCUUUCCUGGUAUGAACAAGCACUUGAAAUUAAGAAACUAGUUCUACCUUCAAAUCAUCCUGCUCUAGCUUGCUCUUUCAGUAGUAUUGGUUCAACAUAUAAACAUAUGAGAGAGCACGCAAAAGCUUUGUCAUGGUACGAACAAUCGUUAGAAGUUAGAAAAAUGGUAUUUCCUUCGACUCAUAUAAAAAUAGCUGCUUCCUACAGUGAUCUUGGAAUGAUAUAUGAUAUAAUGAAAGAAUAUCCAACAGCUCUGUCGUGGUACGAACGCUCUCUUGAAAUACGAAAGUUAGUUCUGCCUUCUGGACAUCCAGACCUUGCACAGCUAUAUAACAAUAUGGGUUUAGUAUAUAGAAAAAUAGGCGAAUAUUCCAAAGCGCUUUUGUUAUACGAGAAUGCGCUUGAAAUCUGGAAAAAAGCUUUCCCAGCUCAUCAUCCAAGAAUUGCUUUAUCGUAUAAUAACAUUGGUUUAGUAUAUCAAGACAUGGGUGAAUAUUCAAAAGCUGUUUCAUUGCACUUACAGUCGUUAGAAAUACGAAAAAUAACGCUUCCAUCAAAUCACCCUGAUUUAGCUACUUCAUAUCACGAUGCAGCUCUACUCUAUCUAGAAAUGGGAGAAUACUCACGAGCACUUCCAUUAUAUGAACAAUUACUUGAAAUCACGAAGCAAACACAAUCUUCAAAUUAUUCUGAAAUAGCUGAAAUAUAUAGUAACAUUGGUUCUGUAUAUAAAGGAUUGGGCAAAUAUUCGAAGGCUCUAUCAUCACAUUUCCAAUCACUGGAAAUUCGAAAAACUAUACUUCCAUCGAAUCAUCCUCAUUUAGCUGGUACCUAUCAUAACAUUGGCAUAGUGUACUAUGAGAUGCAGAAAUAUUCCGAAGCACUUUCGUACUACGAACAAUCGCUUACAAUUAAAAAGAUGGCUCUUCCUUCGAGUGAUCCUGAGUUAGCUUCUUCGCUCAACAGUAUUGGUUUGAUUUAUUUUCAUAUGGGAGAAAAUAUGAAAUCACUUUCAUAUUGUCAAGAGUCUCUCAACAUCUACAAGAUGACUCUUCCUUCGGAUCACUCACAGUUAGCUAAUCCAUACAACAAUAUCGGUAUUACAUAUAUGGGUAUGGGGAAAUAUACAGAUGCUCUUACAUCUCUCAAUCAGGCACUUGAGAUUCGACAGAAAGCUCUUCCACCGAACCCACAUGAAAUAGGUCAAUCAUAUGGCAACAUUGGUUCGGUGUAUUUUAUGAUGAAUGAAUAUCCGAAAGCAAUUCUAUAUUAUGAAAAAGCAUUGGAACUUUCCUUAAAAAUUCUAAAUCCAACUCAUCCUCAUAUAGAACUUUUAAAAAGCAGCAUUAAAACUGCAAAACGUGAAUGUGACAUAGAUCAAAGAAUAUGA